AUGAAUUCUUUCAACAAAGUGCAAACCUGUCCCAACGACGAAUACAACACUAUUCAACAAAACAUCAUUGAUUUAUUAGACACAUCUGAAAUGGAUUAUUACCUGAACGAUAAAAGCUUAGCGCCGCUUAGGAAAGUGCCUGUCUGCAUUGCUGCUGCUGUCUACAGAAUGUCGGCUGGGAAUUGCAUGCCAUAUACAGGCUCUCAAUCACACCUGAACGGCAAACUACUUCAAUUGAACGGAUAUCAGAGAAACGAAUCACCAUGGGAGAGCUACAAACACAAGAAAAAAGCCGAAGAUGCUUCCAGCUGCUCUACAUUGGGCGAAUCCACAUGCUCCUCUCGUUCAGACUCUCCUGAACCCAAACGUCAUUCCACCAAAAAGAGAUCGUAUCAUAUGCUGUUGCGUGAAAUUCGUCGAUUGCGAGGAGAAAACUCAUCCUUACGUACUAGCGUCUCUGUGCUCAAGAACGAUCUGCGCGAUAUCACCCUUUCUCGCCAAGACACCGAUGCAUCCCAUAAACGAUUCUAUGAUGAAUACCUGGAUAAAAACACUCAACUGGAAAUCGAUUUGAUGGACCGAGAUGAUGAAAUCACACAUCUGAAGCAGCAGAUUGAAGAUUUGAAGCUCUCUUUGGAGUCUGCCGCUGCCGCUGCCUCUGCUGCUUCUGCCUCUUCAAGUAGCACCAGUAGCACCAAUGCCAGCAAUGCCAAUGGUAAUGGCGGCUUGACCUUGCACGAUGCAGCCUACUUUAAACGCAAAAACUCAAACAUUUGGGGCUGCUACGAAUUUGAAGAAGAUGAAAACGACAACAUGUCCUGCCAACCUGUAGCGCAUGAAAGCGCCUUGCCCGAAAUCAAUGUCAAAAUGGAUGAACUUAAGACACAAGAUGAUCAGGAAGUCAAUGAUUAUUUUCACAAGCGUUUCAUGGAUGGAGAUGAUGAAACAACAAACCACUUUGCUCAUGACGAUGACGAUGACGACGAUGACGAAGAUGAGCAAGAAGAGCAACUCACAUUUGACCAAGUAGCUGCAUCUUACAUACACCAGGCCAUUCUAUCCAAGUUAUCCAGUGCGCGUGUUCGACUGGAAUUUGAUGACUUGAUUCUCAAGCAUGAACCCUCAUCAGAUACCAUCGCCUCCGUUUUGGCUCAUUCGUUUGUCCAAUGGAUGUGCUCUUUGUUGGUCAAGUUUGUGGAUAAAUCAGCUGCUCAACCUACCACUGCCACCAAGGUGUUUACCACCAAGAUUCAAGCUGGAAUUGUCGAGUUCUGGGAAUCCAUCCUGCAGUAUUAUACAACAGACGAUGAAAGCCAGAUCCAGCUUUUAAACCACAUUGAAACUGAACUUGACCAUGUUGCCUUUGGGACAGCCAUUGUCGAUCAUUUUGAUCGCCUCAUUCUCAUGCUCUACAAGUACCAUGUGGUGGACGAUGAAGCAGUGAUAGCAUGGUGGCAGCACCCGUUUAAAAACGAUAUUUCAAACAAGAUUCGCAAGAUUACCACCAAAUUUGUCGAUUGGGUGCAAGAUGAAGACGACUCUGAAGAGGAGGACUCUGGUGAUGAGGACUCUGAUCAAGACAUGGAGUGUGACGAUGAUGAAAUCUUUGAAGACGACGUCGACGACGAUGAUGAAGGGUUCAGUUUUGUUGAAUCUCCAGUGUCGGAGCAAGAUCUGGAAGCUGAAGAUGGAUCUGAUAAUGAUAUGGAGUUAAACCAUCACUCAAUAGACGAUUUACUGAUUACCAAAGACCGUGAAUUAUGUGUCUGUCAAUUGGACAAUGAUACCAGCAACACUCACGUUAGCAGCAAGCAUGAACCCGUCGAAUGCUCCUGCAGUACAUAUACUCCCCCUCCCACCGAAAAGAAAAAGAAAUCUGUUCGUAUAGCGAUGUAA